AUGCUGUUCAUCUCGCCCAAGGACAAGCCCGCCCCCAACAAAGUCGCCCCUGACCGGUAUCUAUUUAAUAACUCCGAGCUGGGUCAGAUUAACCGAGAGCUGGGUCGGAUAAACCCAGUGCUGGGUCGGAUAAACCCAGAGCUGGGUCAGAUUAACACAGAUCUAGGUCAGAUGAACCCAGAGCUUGCUCAGAUUAACCCUGAUCUAGGUCAGAUUAACCCAGAGCUAGGUCAGAUUAACCCAGAGCUUGCUGGCAUCUUAGGCAGUUGUGCGAGAAAUGUUUCACAUCGCACACCCCUGUACAUCGGCGGGCUCAUGCCGGUCUUAAACGGAACAUUCCAGCCUGGUCUUAUCUCUCAAGCCGGUUCUAAGCAAGCCGUCGAGGACAUCAAUAAUAGAAGUGAUGUCUUACCAGGCUAUGAAAUUAUCCUGGAAUGGGCCGAUACCGAGGGAAAUGUUCCUUCGGCCUUGGAUAGAUUGUAUGAGUUUAUGUACACACCUCCAGUCAAGGUGGCCAUAUACGGCCCUGCUUUUUCUUCGGUGGCUGCAGUGUUAGCCGAAGUCAUAGGAAAAUGGAGUAUCGUUGAGUGGUUACGCCGAAUCCGUUAA